CUCAGAACAGAACAAGCGUGUGUUGUGUGCGUGAAACCACAAGAAGCUUCUCAGAAAACCCCUCAAAACUCAUGCCAUGCCGUGCUUUUGUUUAAUCCAAAUUAUUUUUCUUUCUUGCUUUUUUUAAGGACAAACAACAUCGUUAAUUGAGAGAAGUCUCUUAUAGUUGUUACAUGACGCACACUUCAUUAAUUUUGAUGCUGGGUCUCGGAGUUGUUGGGUGAAUAACUCCUCCUGCCACAGCCCACAGCCAUUAAUUUCUUAACGUUGCCGAACCCAGAAGCUAAAGGUACCACUGUACUAGGAUCAUUCCUUCAAUUCGGGUACUCUAUAACUUUCAUUUCCUCAAGCAUUUAUUGAGAUAGAUGGCGUCCCAACCGCAAGAUUUAAUAAUUUCUAUAAACUCCAACACCCUAUAGUCAACGCUUUUCCACUUCCAUCAAACACCCUAACCCAACCAUCAUCAUUUCACAGUCCAAUGUUUCAUCACAACACAAAGCUCUUCAUGCUUCUCGCAAUCUUCACGUUCUGUUCAGCAACCGCCAAAGCCAACACCUGCAACAGCACUUGCGGAGGACAUUCCCUGCUAUACCCUUUCGGCUUCUCUCCCGGCUGCCCAGUCAACCUCGUCUGCACCAAAGACAACAAAGUCAAAAUCGGCGACUUCGAGGUUCAAAACGUAACCUCCGAGACCAUUUUCGUUAGUGUUCCGGUGAAGUGCAGCCGCAGCGUGAGAAUCAUGGAGCCUCUUUUCGGAGAAAACUAUGCGCCCACGUGGAACAAUAAUUUCCUGGUGCAGAAUUGUUCGCGGAAUCUGAGUGGGUGCGCUAUUGAGGCGUGGGGUUUGGGCCGCGGCGUGGAGGGGUGUGACAAGGCAGGUGGAAUCGUUACAUGCUUCACGCAGUUGCAGAGGAAACGUAAGGGGGAGAAUUUUCUGACGCUCGGAGAUUGGAAUGAGAUUGAGUGUAGUUUCUUCUUCUCUGCUCUGGCUUUUGAUAAGAGUAAAGCCAAAGGGCUUUCGCUUCAAUUUCAGUUGUUGGAGUUGGGGUGGUGGCUUCCUGGGCCCUGUAAUUGUUCCACCCAUGCUUCCUGCGAUAAGGUCAAUCUUCCCACUAACAAACAAGGUUUCCGAUGCCGCUGCAAUCAGGGUUUCUACGGAGAUGGAUUUGCCAACGGCACCGGUUGCCGGAGAGUUUCUCAUUGCAAUAUUUCAAAGGUCUGGUCUGGCGGAUGUAGGAAAGCAAUCAAAAUUGGUGUCCUUGUUGGAGGGAUCAUAGCUGGAGCUAUCCUGCUGUCUGCUCUGUCUCUUCUAUGUUACUUUUCUAGGCGUCGUUCCUCUUGGCUGAGAAAACAAGUGACAGUAAAACGCCUAUUACGAGAAGCUGCAGGAAGUUCUACUGUUCCUCUAUAUCCCUACAAAGAAAUAGAAAGAGCCACAAGUUUUUUCUCUGACAAACAUAGGCUGGGAACUGGGGCCUUUGGCACAGUUUAUGCUGGACACCUUCACAAUGAUGAGUGGGUUGCUAUAAAAAAGAUCAAGUAUAGAGACACCAACAGUGUUGACCAAGUCAUGAAUGAGAUCAAGCUCCUGUCUUCAGUCAGCCACCCAAAUUUAGUGCGCCUCCUAGGUUGCUGCAUAGAAGGGGGAGAGCAGAUACUUGUUUAUGAGUACAUGCCCAAUGGAACACUAUCUCAACAUUUGCAAAGAGAGAGGGGUGGAGUACUUCCAUGGACAAGGAGACUCACCAUUGCUACUGAAACUGCUAAUGCUAUAGCAUACCUCCAUUCUGCAAUUGAUCCUCCAAUUUAUCACAGAGACAUCAAAUCCAGUAAUAUACUCUUGGACUACAACUGUGAAUCAAAAGUAGCAGAUUUUGGGCUUUCUAGGCUUGGCAUGACAGAAACAUCACAUAUCUCAACCGCCCCACAAGGGACCCCGGGCUAUGUUGAUCCCCAAUACCACCAGAACUUCCACCUUUCUGAUAAAAGUGACGUGUACAGUUUUGGAGUUGUUUUGGUAGAGAUAAUAACAGCAAUGAAAGUGGUUGACUUUGCAAGACCUCAAAGUGAAAUCAAUUUGGCUGCACUUGCUGUUGAUAGGAUUAGGAGGGGUUGUAUAGAUGACAUCAUAGAUCCCUUCCUUGAGCCACAUAGAGAUGCUUGGACACUCUAUUCUCUUCACAAGGUGGCUGAGCUUGCUUUUAGAUGCCUUGCUUUUCAUAGUGACAUGAGGCCUACCAUGAUUGAAGUGGCUGAGGAGCUAGAACUUAUCAGACGUAGCGGGUGGGCAACUAUGGAGGAAACUGUAUGCACAGCUUCAUCUGUUGGGUCUGUGUGUUCAUCGCCUCGUAAUGGAAGUGCAAGUUCUCUGAGAGGUGUUAGUUUUGAGAGAGGUGCAGGACAUGGGAAUGAGACAUUGAUUGUUCAACACAAGACUGAGAGUUUUUUGCAAUCAAUUAAAGAGGUGAAGGACAGCUCCCCUGUGUCUGUGUAUGAUACUUGGUUAAGUGGAAAUAGCUCACCUUCAACAAAUAGCUUGUUAGGAAAUGUAGCUCAGUGACAUGUACACUUGUUUUUGGGUGGAACACCUAUUAUUUGAAUGGCAAAAGGUCAUCUAAUAUUUUCCCUUUUCUACUAUUUUGCGGUUGUGAAUUACAGCAAUUUUUGUGUA